UACUAUUCCGAACCGCCUCCAUGCAUCCUUGGAAGUCCUGUUCUAUUUGUUGGUUUUGAUGCUAAUUGUGGGUUGCUUAGCAGCUGGAAUUUAGAUAAACAAAAAACAAAAACGCUAUGCCUGCGGCGAUAUCGUCACACGAUAAAAAGUUGGCUACUUGGCUUGUCUUAUGUUUAAAUAUUUGUUUGAAAUACUCUCCUUACAAGCGUGACCAUAUUCUACUUCUCUUUCCACGUGAAUGCUCGGCCCUCUUUCUUGGGCAGUCUGCAGAUAUUAUACUUCCAGUAUAGGAGAGGGAAAUUUGCUUUUUUGAUUUUUUUUUUCCCCCUGCCAUUUUAGUUUUGUAUUUGUAAUAGCUGAAACCAAUGUGAGGUAAUGGAGAAAGACAUGUGACAUUGCAUAGAAUUGGAUUGAAGAAAAUGUAUAUAAAGUCUAACACUUUAAGCUUAUUUAAGAAGUAUUAUCCAGCCACUUAUAUGUCUCCCCUAAAAGUCCAAUGAAAUUCGAAGUUAAAAGUGUCUCACCACAUUUUCCCAAAUUAACAAAACGUGUAGCUUAAGGUCCAAACAUGAAGUAGUAAAAGUAGAUUGGUCAGCAGAGUAUGGGAAAGAAGUAAAGAUUUUUGCACACGUCUUAUAAUAUCGUGGAUACUUCAAAAUUUUAUUACAUGUUUGUUAUUAAUCAGCGUUAUGAACAUAAUUUAUGCAGUUAAAGAUUAUGUUCAUUUGCAUUUAGUACUUUAUCAUGUGGGUUUAUGUGUUUUUACAAGUUGAUAAAUAUUGACACUCACAUGCUUAUGCAUAUGCUAGAAAAGGUGAUAUUAUAAUAUUGGCUUCUGCUGUUAUAUUGUUAAGGUUCUCGAUGAUGAUUAUAUCAUUAAAGAGAAAAGUAGGGGGCAAAAAGAAAAAGAAAGAUCUUUGAUUAAGAGUAAAUUAUACAUGCUUCUUUCUAGAAUAAAGAUCAAGUUUUGAUGAUCUUUUCAUACAUAUACAUGAAAACAAUGUAGCAUCAAUCACCUUUCUUUUUGGUUAUUGUGUUUCUUUUCUUAGGUUGUGGAGCAGCAAACAGGAAUUCUAAAGAUUCUGAAGGAAUCAAAUUCACUUUUGCCUCAUGUAGUCCUUGCUAGUACUCUGCUUGCUCUGAUCUACCCCCCUUCUUUCACAUGGUUUACGAGCAGAUAUUAUGCACCUGCGCUAGGGUUUUUGAUGUUUGCAGUUGGUGUUAAUUCAAGUGAAAAGGACUUCCUUGAAGCAUUAAACAGGCCAGAAGCAAUAGUUGCUGGUUAUGUUGGCCAAUUUCUUGUGAAGCCUUUUCUUGGUUAUCUAUUUGGCAUAUUGUCAGUAACUGUAUUUGGUUUGCCAACAGCAGUAGGCGCUGGAAUUAUGCUUGUGUCUUCCGUUAGUGGAGCCCAGCUCUCCAAUUAUGCUACUUUUCUAACAGAUCCACAGAUGGCACCAUUAAGCAUAGUCAUGACAUCAUUGUCCACUGCUUCAGCAGUUUUUGUCACUCCACUGUUAUCAUUGUUGCUUAUUGGAAAGAGGUUGCCUGUGGAUGUAAAAGGAAUGGUAUCUAGCAUCAUGCAGAUUGUAGUGGCACCAAUUGCUGCAGGCCUGCUUCUGAAUCGCUUCUUUCCUCAUUUUUGCAAUGCCAUACGGCCAUUUUUGCCUCCACUCUCAGUACUGCUAACAGCUCUCUGUGUUGGAGCACCCCUUGCAAUUAACAUUGAGUCGGUCAAGUCUCCCUUUGGAGUUACUAUCUUGUUGCUGGUUGUUGCUUUUCAUAUGGCAGCGUUUGUAGCUGGUUAUAUGUUUAGUGGACUUCUCUUCUAUAAAGCUCCUGAUGCGAAGGCAUUGCGAAGGACAAUUUCCUUCGAGACUGGAAUGCAAAGUAGCCUCCUUGCCUUGGCCCUUGCUAAUCGGUUUUUCCCAGACCCAAUAGUGAGCGUGCCUCCUGCAAUAUCUACUGUGAUUAUGUCUCUGAUGGGAUUCUCUCUCGUAAUGCUUUGGAGCAAGAGGAAAGACUAGGAAGUGGAUGGAAAUGCAGCGCCAGGAAGAUGGCACUGUAUUUGUGAAUUGUGACAUCCUUUAUUUUUGUGGGCUUUGGUAGAACUGUUGACUCUAGGAAGUGGGCAACAUGGUGUGAAAUAAUGUGCAUAUAAACUAUGAAAACAAUAUUGAAAAUUUUAGGCAGAAGCCUUUGAAAAUUGCAAUCGGUCGCCUCUGCAAUUUACAAACAAAUUUAGGGAGAAUUACAAUAAGGUUU